GGUAGGUAAAUGUAAGACAAAACAGCUGACUACUUACAUGCAUUAGUGUAUUGCUACUAUGAUAUUACGAAAUAUACCAAUUUUCGCAAGAGUAAUUGAAAAUUGUAUAAAUAGAAAUAAUGUAUUUAUUGUACGAAAUUUACGUGGACUACCCAGACAAUCAACAGCAUUACCUGCCAACGUAGAACCAAAUCAGCGCCAAACAUUCGAUGCACUUGACCGGCAGCUUGAACCGCAUGAUUUUGCUGAUAAAAAUAUAAUUAGUAAUUAUGGAGAAAAUCGAAAAACUGAGCAGAAAAAACAUAAUACGGAAUCAAGCUUAAAACCGUUUAAAGAUGAAAACAAAAUUGUACCAACAUUUAAUUUAGCUGCAUAUGUAAAUAAAUCAACAACACUUCAGGAAUUUAUUAAACUAGGAGUUAAUCUUCACAAAAUUGAAAGGCGGAAAGGUCUUGCGGAAUUUGUGCUGCGCUUAAAUUUUGAUGAACAUGUUAAGCCCUAUUUAAUUUUUCUCAAAGAUCAAGGUGUUCCUGCGGAAGUUUAUGGCGAGCUAAUUACUAAAAAUCCUCUACUUUUUAAAGAAAGCAUAGAUGAUCUUACCACUCGCGUAAAUUACCUGGAAAGUAAAAACUUUACUCCAGCACAAAGAAAACGUAUAUUCACAUUAAAUCCAUACUGGCUGAUGUUUAGUACAAGUCGCAUUGAUCGGCGUUUAGGAUACUUUCAACAAGAAUUUCGGCUCAAAGGUGACGAUGUGCGAUUUUUGGCUACAAUACAACCUAAACUUAUUACUUACAAUAUGGAACAUUUACGGAAACUGACAUUUUGCAUACGUGAGGAAAUGGGUUUUGAUGCGGAUGAAACAAAGUACUUAUUGUUGAAAAAACCGUCAUUGUGGUUGUCAGCACAUGAUCGCUUAAUUGAACGAUUUGCCUACGCUCAUGAUCAUAUGGGAUUAUCACACGACAUGCUGAUACAGUUUCCAGAGGUAUUAAAAUCACGUGAAUUUCGCUUACGCCAACGGCAUGAGUUUUUAAAAAUGCUAGGACGAGCGCAAUACAAUCCUGAGAAAGAUAUGUACAUUUCUCCGAAAGCUGUUGUCGAAGGUACUGAAUAUUUUUUUGUGAGGCAUGUAGCCAAAAGCACAAUGGAGACUUACGAAUUAUUUUUGAAAACUCUAUAGAGAUGCUUGUAUAGAGUUCUGAACAAGAACUUAACGAAAGAAAAAUGCCACUGCAGAAUAUCGGCGAUAUUUCAUAUUUUCGUUAUUGUAUAGCAUAGUUAAGUAAGUUUUUUGAAUUUAACAUUAAUAAAAAUAGUUUCACAAAAACGUGUUUGCGGGAGAAAUUGUAAAAUUUCAUUUCCCUAUAUAGAAAUAAAAUAAUUCUUUCUUCCAUAAAAAGCUUUUCAUAUUUCCUUACAAUUCAGCUAGUGAGUUUAAAAAUUUAAAGUAAUCGUAAUUAGUUUGUAGAUGCAGAUAAAUUUUACG